AUGUAUGGCUUCUUGCCGUGCUCGAAUAAUGUUUUCGGGCAUCUUUUUCUGAUACUGGUGUAUGAAUAUCUACUGUUUCAUGGAGAAUCAUAUUUGGCUGUUGGAGGGGAGGAAAUUUUUAAGAUUCUUGGCCCUGGUGUGUUCGGUGCUAGUGCAUUUCAUCUCAUCAGUGCCCUUCCUGAGACCUUGUUAGUACUUGCAUCUGAACUCCUAAGCAGUAAAGAGGUAGCUGAAGAAUAUGUCUAUUCUGGAGUUGAGUUGUUGGCUGGAUCUUCAAUCUUGCAGCUCACUGUAAUCUGGGGAACUUGUGUAAUACUUGGCUGUCAUGUCCUUCACUGUGGUUAUUCAGAGACUAAUUAUAUCUCUCUCUCCAAUGGAACAGCCACAGAAAGAUUUUCUCUUUACACACUUAAGUCAAAAUUCACAGGUUCUGGUAUAACUACUGAUAAGGGAACUAGCUACAUUGCGAGGAUUAUGUUUUCCUCAGUGACACCAUUUCUGAUCAUUCAACUCCUGAAGGUUGUCCCAUCGUCAUCUGGGCAACAAGCAGUGAUGUUGACUGAUCUUUUUGUUACCCUUGUGUUCUUAUUCUUGUACUUCGUCUAUCAGAUUUUCCAGCCGUGGAUUCAACAAAGAAGAUUGGAGUAUGUGAAGCAUGAGUAUUUAGUUUUAAGAAUUUUGAAGCAUGUGCAAAAACAUUCUCUAAGACAAAUCCUCACUGAGGAUGGCAGGCCAAAUGUAGCUGCUAUACGAAGGUUUUUUGAAGAUAUAGAUAAUAAUAGAGAUGAUGUCAUAUCACCUUCAGAGCUAAGGGAGGUUCUUCUUGAGGUCAAGUUUAAAGGACUGCAUAUUGAUAAAGAGAAAGCAGUUGCAGAAGUGAUCAAAGAGUUUGACAUUGAUGGAGAUCAGAAAAUAACCAAAGAUGAGUUUGUGACUGGAUUUACAAGGUGGCUUGAUGAGGCAAAGAAUGCAAUGGAUAAAAAAUAUUUUUCACAAAAAUCCUUAAGAGACAUAUACAGAGUUUUCCAUCCCUGGAUUCAAAACAAAAGGAAAGAGCGUGAAAUGAAGAAAAAUCUGAUAUCAGAAAUAUUACAGCAUGUCGAAAAAAAUGCAAUAGAAAGUCUUAUGGGAGAAGAUGGCACACCUGAUGAAGCUACUAUUAGAAGGUUGUUUGAAAAACUUGAUCAUGACGGAAAUAACUUCAUUUCUCAACAAGAAUUGAAAGAACUGAUAGUUGAUAUCAAGUUUGGGAAGUUUCCUUUGAAUGCAGAUGAAGCUGUAGCCAAAUUGAUUGAAGAACUUGACACAAGUGGAGACCGCUUGAUAAAUGAAGAAGAAUUUGUCUCCGGAAUCGCAAAAGUGUUCAAAGCUACCCCAUCUUUUAAUGAAGUUCCUUCAAAAACCGAGACUCGAAAUGACAUCUAUAAAGUAAUUUUCUAUUCUUUGUUUCUCUCUUUCUCUCUUUACCAAAAGAUGAUUAAAAUGUUUGCGCAGAAAACUUGGGAAGAAACAGACAAGCUGGUGGAUGAUGAAAAGAGUAACGGAGAGGUUGAAGAUAAGUCAACGUGGGCUUGGUGCAAAGCCAUAAUGUACGUGGUGACUGGCAUUGUUAUAUUAUCUGUUCUAGCUGAACCUCUGAUUUACAGUGUUGAAAAUUUCUCCAAUUCUGCAAACAUUCCAUCUUUCUUCGUCUCGUUCAUUUUAGUUCCAUUAGCAACCAAUUUUAGAGCAGCAAGUUCGGUAAUCUCCGCCGCAUAUCAAAAGAAACCACGGACUACUUCCUUGGCACUCUCUGAGAUUUAUGGUGGUGUAUUUAUGAACAAUGUGCUGGGUUUCACCGUUCUGUUGUCUCUAAUCUAUUUCCGGGGAAUCACGUGGGAAUUUUCUGCUGAGUUGCUGGUUGUAGUGAUCGUUUGCACUGUGAUGGGUGCCAUUGCGAGCUUUCGCUUCACCUUUCCUUUGUGGAUAUCGGUUAUGGCGAUUCUGCUAUACCCUUUAUCUCUAUUCCUCGUUUAUCUUUUGAAUGAUGUUCUGGAUUAUGUUUAA